GCACAUGGUUGUGCGCCUCCCAAAUGGACAAACAAAGGUAAGAAAUUGAAUGCCUGCAAAUGAGCAGUACGUUAGUACGAGGCCUAGUUGAGCUCUUCAAAAGUCACUGUUUCUGAUUUUAACGUUAAUGGCUCAGAUCAUUUCAAUGGUCGUCUGUGUUGCAUUUGAAGAUGUCACAUUGUCAAAUGUACAAUGUCUGGCAUACUUAAUUUCUAAGUAAAGCCAAUCACUCUUGAUUCUGUAUUCUACCCGGAAAGAAGACAUAAAUUUGCAGUUUACUGGAAGAUUAUCGUCAAUUCAUAUGUAAUUCAAACCCUAAGACCAUCAGGCGCUGCACUUGUAUGAUUUUUUACCACAAGACAAAACGUCGUCUCCAAUACCUACUCAACAGCAACUCUAGUGUGCCGAGUUCAGGAGGAACAGGUGAAGGUGAAGACAUAAUGGGAGCCAUAACACCAUUCGCCAUUCUGCUCUUCUUCUUGUGUCUUUUCUACAUAUAUAGAAGACGGAAUUGUUCAUCAAGGUUGCCCACAGGGCCAUUUGCAUGGCCCCUCAUAGGAAAUCUCCACCAGCUGGGAAAGCUUCCCCAUCGUUCCCUUGAAGAGCUUGCCAAAAAAUAUGGCCCCAUCAUGUCUUUACAGCUCGGCUAUUUUCCUGCAAUUGUUGUUUCUUCCCCUGAAAUGGCCAAAGAGUUCCUCAAAAAUCACGAUUUGGCUUUUGCUAGCAGAUCUCCAUCCGCAGCGGGAAAGUACUUGGCUUAUAAUUACAAGGGCCUGGCUCUGGCUCCUUAUGGCGCAUACUGGAGGUUGGUUAGAAGGAUAUGUGUCACAGAACUGCUCAGUGCGAAAAGAUUGGAAUCCUUUAGAUUUGUUAGAGAGGAAGAGGUUUCUGCAGCGAUAAGUUCUAUUUGGGAAAACAGUAGGCACGGGGCCGUUGCUGUAAAUGUUAGCAAGGCUUUAACAUCGCUUACUUCUGCUAUUAUUUGGCGAAUUUUGGCUGGUACUAAAUUUUCUGAUGAAGAUUUGGUCGGCAGAGAGAAAGAAUUCAGAGCUAUGGUACAUGAGGUUACUGGUACAAUUGCGGCAAUUAAUAUUGGAGACUUUAUUCCUUACAUAGACUGGAUGGACUUGCAGGGUAUCAAGAAAAGGAUGAAAAAUGCUCACGCAUUUUUUGACGCAGUUAUGCAAAAAAUAAUAGAUGAACAUGUCAAUUUGAGGCAAUCGCAGACUGCAGCUGUGAAAGACAUUCUUGAUGUGCUUCUAGAAAUGGCUGAGAGCGGUGAUAUGACUAUCACUGAUAUUAAAUCCAUUAUUUUUGUUCUGUUCAUCGCAGGACUAGAGACAACAGCUACUUCUUUAGAAUGGAGUAUGAGUGAGAUGGUGAGAAACCCUCACAUUGCGAAGAAGCUGCAGCAAGAAAUUGAGUCUGUGGUAGGGAAGGACCGCCCUGUAAGAGAAUCUGAUCUUGGUGGCAUGGAAUACCUGCAGUGUGUGAUUAAAGAGUCCUUGAGAUUAUAUCCUCCAGGGCCAUUGUUGCUGCCUCAUGAAUCUACAGAAACUUGCAUUGUGGGGGCUCAGAGGUUUGUCAUACCCAAGAAAACAAGGCUUGUGGUUAAUGUCUGGGCAAUUGGAAGAGACCCAGCUAUAUGGAAAGAUCCUUUAACAUUCAAACCUGAGAGAUUUAUGGGUAAAGAUAUUGAUAUAAAAGGGCGCGAUUUUGAGAUGCUUCCAUUUGGAUCUGGAAGAAGGGGAUGCCCAGGGGCUGCAAUGGCUUUAGGUACUAUGGAGCUUGCAUUGGCUCAACUCAUGCAUUGCUUUGACUGGAGAAGUGAAGGAGAUCCUGCUAAAUUGAACAUGACUGAAGCCUUUGGAACUUCCCUUAAUAGGAAAGAGAGCCUUUUUGCCAUUCCUUCUCUGAGAAUGCAAGCCGGCACUCAGAUGUUUCCAACUGGUUAAAAACUAUUGGGGUAAUAGCAAUCAUGUCUAUUUGGGUUUAUCUUAGGUUUAGCAUAUGUAAUAAGUGACCUAAUUGGGAUAUUGAAUAUAAUUGUAUUCUGUUAAUGUUAAUUUACAUUUUGAAUCUUUAUUUAAUGAAUGUUUCGUCUUA